CUGAAAGUAUUUCUAACGAAAUAUUUUAAAUGCACAAAUGAUAAGCUUUAUUUUUUAUUUACAUUUUCUUUAUCUUUUCGUUCUCCAGUUGACUCUCAUGAUUCGGAUUUAACGAAUGAUCUCCUUACAAACGGCUAUUCCUUCCCAUCCUUCAGCGGCCCUUCAUUACCAUCUUCGUCUGCUAGCUUCUCCUCUUCCUCAUUCGCAUCCCCUAUUCCCUCCAUUUCCUCUCCAUCCUCCCUUUCUCCGUCUCUCUCUUCCUCCCCUUUCUCAGCCCUCUCUUUUACUUCUUCGUUUUCUACUCCCUCUUCGUCUUCCUUCACCAAAUUCAUCAAUUUGUCUUCAUCUUCCUCUCCCCAAUUAAGUUUAUCAAAUAGUUUCACUCACCCUUUAGCAUCUGCUGGCUCGCAUAACACCGGCCAGAACCAGGCUCUCAUGAAUUCCUCCAACUCCUCUACCUCAAGUUUAGAUUAUCACGCUUCAGAACCCCAAUCUAUCGAUCGGCACCUUCAUCCAUGUUCACUGCACCAAGUUACAUCCCACUUAGCGACCCCGACCAACAGUUUUCAUCUCAAUUCUCUUCCUUUGGAUGUCUUGAGUCCUACCCUAUCCAUCCACCGCCAUCACUCUAUGUGUUCCGACUUCUACUCCGAACCUCUUCCGUCCUGUUCUGGUGCGAGUUACAAUAGUCCACGACUCGAAAUACAUACAAGUCUAUCUGAGCUCCCCAGACCGUCCACAAGUUCGGCUUCUUUCAUGUCUCCUCUUGAUCUCGUAACCACCACCACCUCUUCGGCUUCAUCAUCCUCGUUUUCUUUGCUUUCAUCACUCUCGGCUCCUUCUUCACCUUCUGCUACUCCCAUACAUCCACCAUCUGUGAUUUCCAGCCUCCGGGUGAUAAAGGACCAACAUUUGAGCUUGUCCUCAACAGCUGCCGCCUCAAGUCUUCCUUUUGGUGGUGGUGCCUACAAAAAUCUGAUCUUUCCAUUAAACUUUCCUCGAAUCGACGCGGAUGCGAGUCCUACUGUCCGUGUUAUAUCAGCCAGUUCAGGCGAGGCCGAAGCUGCAGUCCGAAAGAAAACACCUUGGAAACAAGACUAUAUGAACUUCAGUAGGACAAGUCAAAAUUCCGCCGUCGUCUCUUCUAUUCUUGAGUCCGAUCUUCCCAGCCUCCUUUUCCAGCGAUCAAAUUCCCAGUCCCGAACAGAUGAUGGUUUGCCAAAGCCAAUGGACUCUCCCGACCCUCUUGAUCGAGUCAGCCACAUAGAGCCUCGUGGCGAGAACAUGCGUUUAUCCAGUGCAAAUGAGGCCCAUAGCAGCGUGUUCUCGCAGGCUGGACUUGUCAGCCUCGCACCGGUCAGUAGUCCCGGCAUCAGUGCUUUUACCACAGGCCUCUUCUAUCUAGGCUCGACUCCAAAGUCCGCCACUUUGUUCGAUAGUCUAUCCGAAAUUGAUGACCCCCCUUUCGCCCCAUUGCUACAUGCGACCAUUCCGGAGAUCAUCCUACAUCGCUCUAUUUUUUUGAUCUGUAAAAAAAUGUUGUUUACCAUGAUGAUCCCACAAACUGCGGCAAGUGUUCUGAGUGGAAGAACCACUUUGUUCACCCUUUCCAGUGAUACUGCUGUCUAUUGA